AUGUCCCAGAAAAACGGAGAUGUGGCCCUGUCAAUAGGGAUCGUCACGGGCAACCCUGGGGUAAUCCAGGGCUACCUGUACCCCAGCAAAUCCACACCCGCCUCGACGGGUAAGGGUUUCCGCAGCCUGGAGAGAGGCAACAAGACCGAACCUGACCGAACGAAAGGAGACCCCCUGCAAGGUAUUAAAGGCUGUAGUAGCCCAGUGUUGUAUCAAUCCAACGGCACAUCGUUCGCAACAUUUUGGUGGGUUUUCUCGUGCAUCUCUGGCCCAUCCAUCUCACUCACGUACCAAGAAGAUUACGAAGAAGCCAUGGACGAGGAUAAUCAUCCCACCCUUCCGCACUACAAGCAAAAGCUCGCUGCAUAUCGUUAUGCGGCCGAGAACCAUACCAUUGGGCCACCCGAGCACAUCUGGUAUGGGCUCUGGAAUCUGUUUGCAAAUGAUCUCGCCCACGAUGACCCGAGUUUGCUGGUCUUUCCCCAACUCGACUUCCGGGUCCAAACCUCCAAUUCCACUAGUUCAAUCUCGGACAGCACAAGAUACACAGAUGUAGCGCUUGCCGACAGCAAGACAACGUUUAGUAAAGGCGCAGAUACAGUGGUGGCGUCCAGUGAAACCCGAGUUAUCAUGGUGAUAGAAGUCAAGCCCCACUUUAUAAUUCCACAGGCAGUCCUUCAGAAGAUCUCGCAAAAACCAAACACUAUCCUCGAAGUGGAAAUGGUCAAACUUAUAGGGUUCAAGAUGCUGGAUCCUCAAAACCAAGCAUUAGAGCAAGUCAGAUAUUAUCUUUCACGUUUCCCCAAAAAGGUUCCUGUAGAAGUCAUUGCAUUGGCAACUAUUGGGCACCACUGGUGUUGGGCCGCGUUCAAGAAAACUCCAGUGACGCCGUCAAAGGAUUCAAAUCGGUCUGCAGAUGGUUAUGUUGAGGAUCAUCAGAACAUAGCCUCCGUGGUGAAUCCGUGGUCAGGCGUAUUUGACACGACGGAUUUUGUUGGUGGUGCUAGUAGAUUCGCGGAGGUCAUGGAUAGAUUGCAGUCGGUGAGGUCGGGGAUAGUGUGGAGCAGCGACUGGGCAAGGCUAUAG